CCACAAACACUUUACACUUUCCCACCGUCAUCGAAAGAUGAAGAAAUGAAAUUCCAACGGAACAAUAGCUAAAGCAGUGAAAGUCGCCGAUAAUUUCACUUUAGUGUGCAUUAUAAUCAGUUCCGAAUUUUGCAUGAACGAUUCAAAAUUCACAAAUGACACUCACAGUGGGCGAAAUAAUAACGGCUUUAAGAAGCCGUCUUGAGAUAUCCCGAGGAAUAAAAUUACCACCGCUAUACAAACAGAUUUUAGUGGCCUCUGGUCCUUUAAUAUCGACCAUCAGCCUCGGGAUGACGUCGGGCUUUUCCGCCAUUCUUUUGCCACAACUGGAAAAUGAGACUUCAAUAGAGAUAAAUCGGAGCGAUGCUUCUUGGAUCGCAUCUAUGGCAGCUCUUCCCAUGGCCUUUGGUUGUCUUUUGGGAGGACUUCUUAUGGAAAAAUUUGGUCGAAAAGCAACCCAACUCCUAACAAACAUACCUUGUUUGAUAGGGUGGGUGUUAAUCGCUCUGUCUUCAAACUUACCAAUGGUACUAACCGGUAGAUUCCUCACAGGACUGUGUGGAGGGCUUCUAGGACCAUCCACGGGAGUCUACAUAAGUGAAACCGCAGAACCCAGAUAUAGAGACUUUCUCCUAGGAGCAAUCUCCCUCUUUCUAGCCGUAGGAUUAUUCUUAGUCCAUCUAUUAGGAACAUUCUUACACUGGAAAACAACAGCUAUCAUCUGCAGCUUUUUCCCCAUCGUCAGCUUCUUCCUGCUGAUUCUGGUGCCAGAAUCGCCAUCUUGGCUAGCCAAAAACAAAAGAAUAUCAGAUGCAGAAAAGGCGUUCUUUUGGUGUCGCGGUGACACAGAAGCAUCAAAAAAAGAAGUCGCCGUACUAACCCAAAGACAAAACAUGAAGAACGAGGAACCACAAUUAGCCCAACUUGUCAAAAAAGAAUUCCUCAAACCACUUAUAAUAAUCACAGUUUUCAUAGUUACCAACCAAUGGGCAGGUGUUAAUGCUCUAACUUUCUACACAGUGACCAUAAUGCAGAAAACCCUAACCAAUGGCUUGGACACCUACUUAGCUAUGCUCAUAGUCGACUUGAUUCGCCUCCUGAUGUCAGUUCUGGCCUGUAUCAUCAUGAAACAUGUACGAAGACGUCCACUGGCCAUCAUCAGUGGAGUGGGAACCUUCACUUCUUUGUUCCUUUUGAGUGGAUACACCAAUUUCGUCAAACUUCAUCCAGAUUUAGGCACGUUUUGGUACACGAUAAUUCCAAUGGUCUCCUUGGUGGCUUAUAUUAGUUUCAUUACGGUGGGUUUCGUACCUUUACCCUGGGCGAUGAUGGGUGAAGUGUUUCCUUUAAACACUCGCAAUGUGGGUUCUAGUAUUUCGUCGUUUAUGGCUUUUGCGGCGUUUUUUGCGGUUGUUAAGACCAACCCAGCAAUGUUUGAUGUGUUGGGAGUUGAUGGAACAUUCCUGGUUUAUGGAUUGGUGGCGUUUUGGGGAACGGUGUUUGUUUGGGUGUUUUUACCAGAGACUAAGGGAAAAGCAUUACACGAAAUAGAGGAUCAGAUGGCUGGUAGAUAAAAUUUGUUGUUUUAAAAUAAAAUGUUAUUGUUGAUAUUGAUUUAGUUAGUUAUGUUAGCAUUAAGUUGAAAAUUUAAUAAAUGAUGCUUUAUUUUC